ACAGUGAAGUGCCAGCCGCGAGCUGAGGAUGACGUGUCGCUGUGGCAGACGGCGACGGACGUGGGAAAUGGGGCAGCAGUGCGCACCAGCCGGAGGGUCGUUUGAAGAGUAUUAUCAACCAGGAGGUGUCCACGUGCGCAUGAUUACAUGGUUUACGGUGAGACGGAUGGGAAGAAAGUGGUCCAGGUGGAGCAAGGGAUGCUGGAAGGACUGGUGAGCGUCACGGAGAAAGGCACAAGGAUAGCCACUUUCACCAGCAUACCAUACGCCAAGCCCCCUCUCGGUCCACUGCGGUUCAAGGCACCCCAGGCCCCUGAGAAGUGGGAGGGAGUCCGUCCUGCCGACGCGCCCUUCAGGGUGUGUACUCAGAUGGGCCAAGGCGAGGAAGACUGUCUUCUGCUGAACGUCGUCGCGCCUCUGGAUAAGGGUGAUAAACUUCCGGUGAUGUUCUGGAUUCAUGGAGGGGCUUUCUUCUUGGGAUCGGCCAGCCUUGAAUUCUAUGGCUUUGAAAGUUUUGCGGAUCGAGGAAUGGUCAUGGUGUCAGCUAACUACAGACUGUCUGCUUUGGGGUUCCUGAGCCUGGAAGGCUCGGACGUGACGCCCAACGCCGGGCUGAAGGACCUGGUGGCGGCGCUGCGCUGGGUCAGGAGCAACAUCGCCCAGUUCGGCGGCGGCCCGGACCACGUGACGGUGUUCGGCGAGAGCGCCGGCGCGGCGAGCGUGCAGUACCUCGUCGUCUCGCCCAUGGCCCGAGGACUGUUCAAGGGCGCCAUCAUGCAGAGUGGCACCGCCUGCGCCAACUGGGCCUUCAGGGAGCCCAGCUCGGAGGACGCCUUCCGCCUGGGCGAGUCCUUGGGCAAGAGGACGAGCGACCCGCAGGAGCUGGCAGAGUUCCUGCGCGCGCUGCCGGCCUCCGACAUCGUCGACAAGGUCCUGGACGACUGGGCCAGCCGCAAGGCAGAGAUGAAGCUGAAAUCCAUCAACGUGCAGACCAUCCCGUUCGUGCCGACAGUUGACUACCCGGUUGGCGUUGGGGACUCCUUGGAGGAAGUCUUUCUCCCCGACAGGCCCGACUCGCUGCUGAAGCAGGGAACGUUCAACAAGGACCUCCCGCAGAUCAUCGGCAUGAACUCGCUGGAGGCAGCUUUCCUCACUAGCGUGCCAGGCAUGGAAGAGUGGCCGCUCCUGGAGGCAAACUGGGAGUCCUUCGUGCCUGAGGACAUGGGUCUGCGGGCAGGAUCGCCGGCCUCAAAACUCGUGGCGGCCAGGGUCCGGGAGUUCUACUUCCACAACGAGACCCUCAGCGACCUCUCCGCCAUGGCUUACCUUGAGUGUUCGUCCGACGCCGACUGGACACGACGCACCAGUGAGUGCACAAAGUACGUCGCGCAGCAUACACCCGAUCGCCUUUGGGUGUACUACUUCACGUACCAAGGGAGCAACUCUAUCACCUGCAACACACAGGACUGCACCCACAUCUCAGGCGCGGCGCACUUCGACGAGGUGCUCCUGCUGUUCCCCGACAACCCCCUGGGCGGGCCGCUCUCCCCGGAGGACCGCGCGGUUCAAGGACCCAUGCUGGACGCCUGGACGAGCUUCGCCAGGACCGGGCGGCCCGACCCGGGCGCCGGCGUGACGUGGACCCCGGUGGAGAGCCCCGCCGUCCUGUCGCACCUGGUGUUCGACGGCCAGCCGAGGAUGGACCCGGGGGACCUGCGGGCCAACUACACCAGCUUCUGGGCGGAGGUCGGCGCCGAGGUCGCCCGCCUCGGCCAGUGAACGCCGCGGGGACAGCCGGACAACCACAAAUACAACCGCAAACCACAACCACAAACCACAACCGCAAACCACAACCACGCAGAACAAGGCAACACGCUCCAAGACACCCCCGCGCCACCCAUUUCAUUAUUAUUAUUUUUUAAAUGUUCGUCUAGCUUUCCGUGGAAAAUGAUUUACGUUAAAUUUGUUUCCACCAUUUUUUUUUUUGCUACAUUAAAAAAAUUUGUAAUCCAGUUUCCGCGAUUUCGUUUAAUAAAAAGAAAAACUUUCAAAUAAUUCACUGCCUCACAUAAUGACGUAAUUUUUCACCUGUAAAACUUGGCUGUUAAUGAUUCAUGAGGAAAAGGAUGUCAAAAUUUUCUUAAGGAAAAAUCAUCAUCGAAAAUUAAAAACGUUGUUUUUAAGAGUUUUUUUUUUUUUUUUUUUUUUUUUUUUUACAAUUUUACGGGGGAGUUUCCUCCCCACUAACUCCAUUAUUAUCUGGGGUAGGGGGAAUAUUCCAUGCCCCCCCCCCCCCCUUUAAUAUUAGGGCCUCGCUACGUGAAAGGCCGCCGCAGAUACAGAAUGACUUAAAAUUCCCUUAGGCGGACUUAUAAAACAGUACCUGGCAUUGUUCCUCACAUCUGGCUGAGGCCCGCGAACCGUUUCGGCAUGCUUUUUUUUUAUUUUUGCAGCCAUCUUUGACGGCCUGGCAUUCUGGUUUUCUUUUUUUUUUUCGGUCGGCCUUGAAGCUGACUGCAUUAAGGCAUGCCGGAAAUUCAAGAUCGCCGUCUAUUCCCUCAUGCGCGACCUCCACUCACAAGGCAGGAUGCAGUUUAUGACUCAGACCACCUAGUCUUAUUAUACGUGAAGGGUUUUUUUUUUUUAGAACAUGCGGUCACAAACGAGAAAGAAAAAGAAGGAACGCUACAAAGAAAUUUUUAUUUUUGCGUGGGAGAGGAACUCUAAUUGGCGAGACUGAGACCUAGGUUUUUUGAAGUAGUUUUGGGCCCACCCGCUAGAUAGUAACUUUCAUAGUAGAUUGCUAACAUAGCUAUAUUGAUUGUGAGUAGUAAACCAUUUGCUAAUAUCAGUCUAAAAAUAAAUAGUGAAAAUUAAUUAAUUGAAAUUUCGGUACCCAAUUAUUUUGUGGUGUGGCAUAACAGAAAAUUUUUUGAAUGUCUUACUUAUUUAUACAGUAAAUGCUUUGUUUAUUACAUAGUGGCAUUAAGUGUUUUUUGCACAUGUUAAAACUCUUCUGCUAAGCACUUAGACGUCAAAUAGUUAAAUUUAAAAAAAAAAAGUACAAUUUUGUUUUUGAACGUCCAGCCCGAGUGUUUUUUAGUUGGUAUUUAUUGGCCCACCCGACAGAUAGCGUAACAUUGUAGCGCAAAACAUGGUUUCAGUUUCCACUGUGAGAGUUGCACUUCUUAUACCUCGCUUGUUCUAUGGGAGCGAGUUGGGACUUGUUGCAGCAAUCAUUCGAAGCGGAAGUGUUCUGGGUUCGAGUCCCGGGUAAGGCAUGGGUGUAAAAUUUACAUGAUGGUCAUUGAUUGCUGAUGAUGUUUGCGCUACGAUACGUUGACCCAAAUUGCUUACUUAGGUUUGCUUGAUUCGCUAUGAUAUGAUUCCGAUUUGCAUUACGACGCAUUACCCUAUGGCUGAUGGUGUAACCGCUGAAGGCCACCCUAACAAAUAAUAAAAAGCGGAAGCGUUGUUUAUGUAUCUCGGACUUCGUAUCGACAGCUCUGUCCAUAUCGGAAGGCACCCAGUCAUCAGAGGUUACAGAGGUUAUCGUUUAUGACUGCGUGUUGCAUCGUAAAAAAAAAUAAUCUUUUCUGCAUACCUGACAUACACUUUAAGUAUAUGUAUAAUGAGAUUGGAAUCAUCAUGAAUAAAUCAAAUGUAGUUACUAUUUUACGAUUUGCCGUAAAGUCUGACUUUGUUGUCACCUCUGGCCAUCACAUUUAACAAAAAAAUAUGUUCAGAAAUAACACAGUACUUAAAAAAACAAUAAAUUAUUCAAACAUUAUGACCCUAACAAUUGUUAUGCAAACUAUUUUCUCAUUUUAUAUUUAAAAGUGUUGCACCCAAAACAAAAAUCAUCAGUAUGUGGAGUGAAGUUGGAGUUGAAAACGCAUAUCAUUAGAUACUUGUAAUACAUUGUUUUAGUAAGAUUUUUCUCCUUGCUGGUGUUAUUUAAAACUUGCCUUUUUUCUUUGUCUAGUGCUGUCAGAUAUAAGUAUCCACGAUGUUUGCUGCAAAUCUACUCUACAUGUCUCGAUUGUACGCAAAUACAGAAACAAAUAAACAUUGAAGGGAA